AUGGUGCGGCUGAUAUUGAAAUUGUUGUGCUCAAGAUGGAGGAGGCAGGGAAGCCCUGCAAGCAGAAUCAGAUGUGGUAAGAGAGAGGCAGGGGAAAUGCUAGCAACAAGCAUGGGAAAAAAUUACUAUGAAUUGCUUGGUGUUUCUGUUGAUUCGAAUGCGCAGAAAAUUAAACAGGCUUAUAGGAAUUUGCAGAAGAAAUACCACCCAGAUGUUGCAGGACAAGAGGGUCACGAGUAUACCCUCAAGCUAAAUGAAGCUUAUAAGGUUCUGAUGAGAGAGAAUCUGAGGAAAGAAUAUGAUGCUUCCAUUGGUGAAAUGAGAGGAAAUUACAGCUCAUCAAGCUUAGGUCGCACUUCUUCAUGGAAUGGACCUUUGAGACCCCAAGGUCUAUUUGUUGAUGAAAAUGCAUGCAUAGGUUGCAGAGAAUGCGUGCACCAUGCAAGUAGCACCUUCAUAUUUGAUGAGGCUCUCGGAUGUGCUAGGGUUAAACUUCAAUAUGGUGACGAUGAACAAAAGAUUGAGGUAUCAGUCGAUUCAUGCCCUGUGAACUGCAUUCAUUGGGUGGAGAAAGAAGAACUGCCGGUGCUUGAAUUCCUGAUUCAGCCUCAGCCAAAGGAAGGGUUUGGGAUAUUUGGAGGAGGCUGGGAAAGACCUGCAAAUGUUUUCAUGGCUGCUAAAUCAUUCAAUAAACAAACUCACAAUGAAAACCAUGGAAGAAAUUCACGUGCGUCGACUGUUGAAGAAGAAGAAACCCCUGCUCAAGCCAAGGCUCGAGCUGACGCAAGUAGGAAAAUAAACAUGGAAGCUGCAUCAGGAUUGUUCUCAAGAUUCUGGCAAUGGCAAAAUAAGCCUUUUUGGGGCGAAAAGGAGGAAUAA